AUGUUGACGAUCGAUCGUGAUGAUACAUAUAUCUUGAUCAUAUUUAAUGUAUUAAAAGAGAAGUUCACAAGCGGAGAAUGGGACAACAUGGUGGAGUUGUAUACUGGCUAUCCUUAUCAACCAAUCAAUACUGUUGCAUUGCAACCUAUUGAUAUUAUUAGUAUUGGUGAUCUGGCAUUGUUUACAAGGAGGGUCAGUGCAAUCAAUCAACUCAGUAUGUUUAUUGAGUUGCUCGAUUUGAUUGAGCCAUUGAUCCCCGAAGACGACCGCACACACUGGAUCUACUGUCUAUACUGUGACAAUCAUCUUGAGCUACUUCGACAGAGUUUAUACCACUUGCCACAGGCCAACCGCGAGUUGUUUGUCAAGUUGUUUGGAAUGCUACACGACUUCUGUGUGGCCAAGGCUGACAAUGGCAGUGUACAGACACCCGAGUCUGUCGCAGCCGUCUUUGGUCGAUUCCUCAUGAGGCCAUCAUCAUCGACAACCCCAGAGUCAGACACAACAGAGUCUGCAGCAGUCGACUCCUCAUCAUCCCAAGGCGACUAUGAACAUCAUCUAAGCACCUCCCUAACAACCGAAGCAAUCACUGGUUCAGCAGUCGCCAGAUUAAUGAUUGACAACUUUGACUACUUCUUCAAUGAACUACAUCAACAGAUUAAGGCAAGGGAUGAGAGAGCUGAGAGAAUGUCAUCAGCAUUCAAGACACAGAUGGAAGCACAUUAUCAACGAUUGGGUCGUUUGUUCAAGGAUACAAUUGCAAGGAUAAAGCCCAAGCCUGGUGUUGGUAUUCGCGAGAUCUAUCUCCAAGUGUUUGAAGAUGAUGAUUACAAACUGUUUGUUAAAGAGUUCAAUACCAAUUUCAAGAUCAAUGGAUAUGGAAGAUGUAGCUUGAAGAAACAGAACUCGCAUAAGAGGUUGGGUAUCCUACCAGACACAUACAAUGAUGCAGGA